CCCGCCCCGGCCACGGCCCGCCUGCCGGCGCCCAACUUCUCCGGGCUGUGAAGAAGGAGCUUAAUUCUGUGGCUUCUGAACUGGCGGCGCGGCAGGAAGAAAGCGAACAUUCUCAUAAACAUUUAAUUGAGCUCAGCCGGGAAUUUAAGAAAAAUGUACCUGAGGAAGUCCGAGAGAUGGUGGCGCCUGUUUUAAAAAGCUUCCAGGCAGAGGUGGUUGCUCUUAGUAAAAGAAGCAAGGAGGCGGAAGCUGCGUUCCUGACUGUUUACAAGCAGUUAAUCCAAGCGCCAGAUCCCGUUCCCUUCCUGGAAACGGCACGAAGCCUAGAGAGCCGGCUGCAGCAGCUGCAUUGCCCUGAGAACCCUCCUUUGAAAGAGCUGAACAGGAAGUGGAAGAAGAACUCGGAGCUCCCCUGCCCAAAAGAACUGAAAGAAGGGACGCCUCCAGCUGAGCCUGCCGGGCCUAAGGGAGCCAAGCUCACGAGCAUCGACAGCAGAGCGCUCCGGUCAGAAACCUUGCUGCAGAGAAAUGAGGUUGAGAAGCAAAAGGGCCUACAGGAAGCACAGAUCACUUUGGCUGCUCGGUUGGGGGAAGCAGAGGAAAAGAUCAAAGUUCUCCAUUCAGCACUAAAGGCCACACAGACGGAACUGGUGGAUUUGCGCUGCAAGUAUGAUGAAGAGGCCGCUUCCAAGUCAGACGAAGUGGCCAUGAUCAUGACAAAUCUCGAAAAAGCCAAUCAGAGAGCCGAGGCUGCCCAGAGGGAGGUCGAGAGUCUUCGGGAACAGCUUGCGUCCGUAAACAGCUCCCUGCGCCUGGCCUGCUGCUCUCCGCAGGGACCCAGUGGGGAUAAAGUGAAUUACUCCUUGUGUCCGGGGCCACGGCUUGAGGCGGCGCUGGCAGCCAAGGACCGGGAGAUCCUCCGGCUUCUCAAAGAGAUCCAGCAUUUGCAAACGUCUAUGCAGGAGCUGGAAGAGUCUUCAGCCAAUCAGAUUGCAGACCUGGAGCGGCAGCUGGCAGCCAAAAACGAGGCCAUCGAAAAACUGGAAGACAAACUCAGAGCCCAGUCGGAUUAUGAGGAGAUCAAGACUGAACUGAGCAUCUUGAAGGCAAUGAAGCUGGCUUCCUCAAACUGCAGCCUUUCACAGAGCAUAUCAAAACCCAGCGACGCUUUGCUUCUGGGAAAAGAAUCUUUCUUCGCAUCUCAGAAGUAUCUGCUGGAAAAACCCAGCCUUGGGCACAAUACUGAGGAGGACCCCUCGGAGGACGAGUCGGUGAAGGACUCCAUGGGCACGGACCAGUCCUACCCUUCCCCUCAGCAGCUCUUGCACACGCCCAGGGAAGACUCUGCCUCCCCCACACUCAUCCAGCCCCUACUGGGUCCCGCCGUGGCUCAGGAAGUACCAAGGACCUUCUCGCUGUCUCCGUUUCCUAGCCUGGGCGCUGCCGAACGGAUCCCCUUAGACUCCCUCCUCCCCAAACAGAUGGGGCCUCCCGCGUACAAGAGUGAGAACAGCGGCGCGGGGGCCUUCCCGUCCCCUUUCUAUGCCUCCAAAGGGGCCAUAUUGCCCAGCAACCCCAGUCAAACCCUCCCAGCCAGCGAGGCGAGCCCGCCCAGUGACCAGUCUGAAGGCAGCAGCUCCACUGGUUCAUUGGACGAGGAGCAGCUGGACACGGCCGAGAUCGCUUUCCAGGUGAAGGAGCAGCUCCUCAAGCACAACAUCGGGCAGCGCGUCUUCGGCCACUAUGUGCUGGGCCUCUCACAAGGCUCCGUCAGCGAGAUUCUGGCCAGGCCGAAGCCAUGGCGCAAGCUGACCGUCAAGGGAAAAGAGCCGUUCAUCAAGAUGAAGCAGUUUCUCUCUGAUGAGCAGAACGUCUUGGCUCUGAGGACCAUUCAGGUGCGCCAGAGAGGUAGCAUCACGCCAAGGAUCAGAACUCCAGAAACCGGCUCCGAUGACGCCAUCAAGAACAUCCUAGAGCAAGCCAAGAAGGAGAUUGAGUCACAGAAAGGAGGGGAUGCCAAGAACUCCUCGGCCCCCCAGGCAGUGGCCAAUGGCACCAGCGGCAGCAACUCGGAAGACACCAUCAAGAGCAUCCUGGAGCAGGCCCGCCGGGAAAUGCAGGCUCAGCAGCAGGCCCUGCUGGAGAUAGAAUCGGGCGGCGCCAGCAGGCCCCUCGCCACGCCACCCGCAGAGCGCUCCACGCUGGCGGCCGUCAGCCAGAACAUUGUCCAGGCCUACAUCAAGCAGGAGGAAGGGAUGCUGGGAUGCCCAAACGCCGGAGGCGGCACAGCACAGGCACCCUUGACGGUGCUCUCCCCAGCUGCCUUUGUGCAGAGCAUCAUCCGCAAGGUCAAGUCUGAAAUCGGGGACGCCGGCUCGUACUUCGACCAGCACUGGGCAUCCGAGAGGAGCUUGCUCAGCCGCCCCUACACCUCGGUGUCGCCCUCCCUCUCCUCCUCUUCCAGCUACUCCAGCAUGGCCAACGGGCGGGGGUGGCAGCGAGGAGACCCUGGUGAUGCCGUCCCGAACGAGGAAGACCUCCUGACCUCCGAGGAUGAGCCGCACAGGGUGCUGGAGGUCAAGUCGGAAGGGGCCGGCCCCGAUCCCCAGGGCUCCGGCCGCCUGGCUUAUUACCCAGCUUACGUGCCAAGGACCCUUAAGCCCACCGUGCCGCCCUUGACCCCGGAGCAGUAUGAGAUGUACAUGUACAGGGAAGUGGACACCUUGGAGCUGACGAGGCAGGUCAAGGAGAAGCUGGCCAAGAACGGGAUCUGCCAGCGUAUCUUCGGGGAAAAGGUGCUGGGCUUGUCUCAAGGGAGUGUGAGCGACAUGCUGUCCCGGCCUAAGCCGUGGAGCAAGCUGACCCAGAAGGGGCGGGAGCCGUUCAUCCGGAUGCAGCUGUGGCUCACGGACCAGCUGGGCCAGGGGCUCAGCCAGCAGGCCGGCCAGCCUCACGCCAGUCCUGGGGAGACCCAGUCUUCCCCCUCCCCACCACCCAGUCCUUCAGAGCAAGAGAAAAGCCCCCAGGAACCGCUGAUUCUAACCUUGGAAAGCAGCAAAGAGAACCAGCAGCCGGAGAGCAGGUCGGCUUCCGUGCUGAGCGGGAAGACGUGUCCCAACAGCCAGGGGUCGGUGGGCAUCCAGGAGAUAGUGGCCAUGUCGCCAGAGCUGGACACCUACUCCAUCACCAAGAAGGUCAAAGAGGUCUUAACGGAUAACAACCUUGGCCAGCGACUUUUCGGAGAGAGUAUCCUGGGCCUGACCCAGGGAUCGGUCUCCGACCUCCUCUCGAGGCCCAAGCCGUGGCACAAGCUGAGCUUGAAAGGGAGGGAGCCCUUUGUCCGUAUGCAGCUCUGGCUGAACGAUCCACACAACGUCGAAAAGCUCCGGGACAUGAAGAAGCUGGAGAAGAAAGCGUAUUUGAAGCGCCGCUAUGGACUGAUCACUGCCAGUUCGGACAGCGAAUCUCCCAACACCCACUCAGAAUGUCCCAGCCCGAGCCACCAGUCGCAAGACCUUAGCCUCUUGCAAAUCAAGAAGCCCAGAGUGGUCCUGGCCCCAGAAGAGAAGGAGGCCCUCAAAAAGGCCUACCAGCUGGAACCAUACCCUUCCCAACAGACCAUUGAGCUGCUGUCUUUCCAGCUGAAUCUCAAGACCAACACCGUGAUCAACUGGUUCCAUAACUACAGGUCUCGCAUGCGCCGGGAGAUGCUGGUGGGGGGAGCGCAGGAUGACACAGACCCGGAGCAGUGCGUGACCCCAGCCGGCAACUCGCUCCAGGGUCCCCAGCCUCAGAGUCCCGACUCGGAAGGAGAGGACAGGAAACCGACAUUCAGAGACGCCGAGUGCCAGAGGGAAAACGAGUCGCAGGUCCAGAUCAAGGAAGAGCAGGUGGAGGCGGGGGAGAAAGAUGACUGUUCGAACCAUGGGGAUUCCGGUAGCCUGGAUGGAGAGACGGAGCCUCUAUCUGGGUCGGUCCUCAAAGAAGAGGUGGAGGAAGCGGCGUGCACAGAAGGGUCAAACGAGACUCUUAGCCUCACAUGGGGCAGUACCCCACACAGCAAAACACAUGUAUCCGGCGCUCCGGAUUACUCCUCUGUGCACAACAACUCCGUGGAGUUGGACAGUGGGGAGAGGCCUCACCCCGACCCCAUUAGCUUUAAAUCUGUUUCCGAAUCCUCCCACUGCAGUUUAGAGGUCUCCCUGAACUCUCCAUCGGCAGCCUCCUCUCCGGGCCUCAUGAUGUCUGUCUCUCCCGUCCCGUCCUCUUCGGCCCCCAUCUCCCCGUCGCCCCCGACUGCGGGAGCCGCCAAAGCGCAGAGCUGGAGUCCCACCACAGACCCGGGCUGCGCUGCCCAGCACGCCAAGCUCAGUACGAACAUCCAGCGGCGGCAUGAGAAGAUGGCAAACCUCAACAGCAUCAUCCAUCGGCUAGAAAGGGCGGCUAAUCGAGACGAGGCCCUGGAGUGGGAAUUCUGAUGCAAAUUCAC